AUGGCUGGCGCAUUAAGUAGAGCGAAGGAAACUUUACCAAAAUUUAAAGAUUCUGAAAAGGAGAGUGAUUAUGGAUACGUAUUUGCCGUCUCUGGUCCAGUCGUGACCGCAGAACAAAUGACGGGAACUGCUAUGUAUGAGCUGGUCCGGGUUGGUCAUGAGGAGCUUGUCGGAGAAGUCAUUCGUAUAGAUGGCGAUAAAGCAACUAUUCAAGUUUAUGAAGAAACUUCCGGUUUAACUGUAGGUGAUCCUGUAUUAAAAACCGGAAAACCUCUUUCCGUUGAAUUAGGACCUGGUUUGAUGUCCAAUAUAUACGAUGGGAUUCAACGACCACUAAGGGGAAUUCGUGAAAUUUCUAAUAGUAUUUACAUUCCACGUGGAAUUGCCACUCCUGCAUUGGAUAAAAAGUUGCAGUGGGAUUUUGAACCUUCUAACUUUAAGAUUGGAGAUCACAUUACUGGUGGUGAUAUCUACGGCAAAGUUUAUGAAAAUUCUUUAGUGAACGAUCACUACAUUAUGUUGCCACCCAAAUCUCUUGGUACCAUUACGCAUAUCGCAGAAAAGGGAUCUUACAGUUUAGAGGACAUUGUGCUUGAAACUGAAUUUGAAGGUCAAAAGUCUAAACAUUCAAUGAUGCAGCUUUGGCCUGUUCGAUCACCUCGCCCGGUUACCGAAAAACUAACUGCUAAUUUCCCCUUACUUACCGGUCAGCGAGUUUUGGAUUCGUUGUUCCCGUGUGUGCAAGGUGGUACUACUGCUAUCCCUGGUGCUUUUGGGUGCGGGAAAACUGUAAUUUCUCAAUCUUUAUCAAAAUAUUCUAAUUCCGAUGUCAUCAUAUAUGUCGGAUGUGGUGAAAGGGGCAAUGAAAUGGCUGAAGUAUUGAUGGAUUUUCCAGAACUUUCAAUAAAUAUAAAUGGCCGUCAAGAAUCUAUAAUGCAACGUACCACAUUGGUGGCUAACACUUCAAAUAUGCCAGUGGCCGCUCGUGAAGCGUCUAUUUAUACUGGUAUUACACUCUCGGAAUAUUUCCGUGAUCAGGGCAAGCAUGUUUCUAUGAUAGCAGACUCAACUUCUCGUUGGGCUGAGGCCCUUCGAGAAAUAUCUGGUCGUUUAGCCGAAAUGCCAGCAGAUAGUGGUUAUCCUGCAUACCUGGGCGCUCGGUUAGCAUCUUUCUAUGAACGUGCUGGAAAAGCUACAUGCCUUGGAAAUCCCAAACGAGAAGGAAGUGUCACCGUUGUAGGAGCUGUCUCACCGCCGGGUGGAGAUUUUUCAGAUCCUGUUACUACAGCAACGCUUGGUAUUGUUCAAGUGUUUUGGGGUUUAGAUAAGAAACUUGCUCAGCGCAAACAUUUUCCAUCUGUAAAUUGGUCUUUGAGUUAUUCAAAAUAUCUCAAGGUUUUAGAAAGUUACUACGAAAGCACAGAACCUGAAUUUAUUUCUUUAAGAGACAGAACCAAAGAAAUUCUUCAAAAGGAAGAAGAUCUUUCAGAAAUUGUCCAGCUUGUUGGAAAGAGCGCACUGGGAGAAGCAGACAAAAUUACAUUAGAAAUUGCUAAGAUCAUUAAAGAUGAUUUUUUACAACAGAACGGAUACUCUUCAUACGAUCGCAACUGCCCAUUUUAUAAGACCAAUUGGUUGCUUAAAAACAUGAUUGGAUUCUAUAAUUCGUCUACUCAUGCUGUCGAGGUCACAAAUGGUGAAAUAACAUGGGCGAAGAUCAAAGAAAGGAUGGAUGACCUUUUGUACAAACUUAGCUCUAUGAAAUUCGAAGAUCCUGCAGAUGGUGAAGAAGUUCUUCGUGAACGUUAUCAAAAGCUUCACACGGAAAUUCAUGAAAGAUUUAGACAAUUACUUGAGUAA